AUGCUUAUUUAAACAAAGGUGAAUUCCUUUUUAAGCUCUGGUAAUAAAUUUUCUAAAUUAAGAAUUCCUCAUUAGGAUAUUAGAGGGAAGGCAAUAAUAUAAAAUUUAUUUUAAAAUGCAUAUUAUAAUAAGGGUAUGCAAUAUUGAAUUAAUCUAGGUUUUAUUUGA